AUGGGGUAGGAUCGAGAGAUCGAUCGCACGAACGACAACAAACUACCGUGCAACAAACGAAACAACCUUGAAACAAAACCAAUGGAGUUCCGGGGCAACGAUAGCACGACCGCAGGCAGUCCGAAUCGCGAUCCAUUUAUUCCCGGUGAUGAAGGCGAAACAAAACAUGCACMGACCGAAACGAAACCGAUGGAAAUGCAUUCCGAAGGAAAUUCUUCUAUCCACGCUGAUGUCGACACCAAUGCUGCCAGCAACGAUGAACCUCGGCAGGGAGCUUUCUGCGAAACCAGAGGCGGAGAUAUGGACGAAGGCGCGGAUGCAGGCGUCGAUGCAGAUGCAUCGACCGUUCUCUCGUCUUCCUCUUCGUCCUAUUCGUCUUCCUCCUCGACCUCUUCCUCUGACCACGAGGCAUCGCCGACGCUCAUGGAACGCCAGGCGCGGAACAUUGCCCGAAACGAGCGUUUUCUCGGAUCCCUCCGGGAAAAAUACCGGGACAAGAUCGCCCCGUUCGUUGCCGCAAAAGGUCCUUUUGGACGAAAGCGGACUCGGGGGGCCGGGAAGGGUGGGGAAACGAAUCACACGGACGAAGCCGAGAGCGACCCCAGCCGCGACACCGGGAUGGUCAUGGGUGGAACGCACCGUUUGUUUCGAUCCUCGUUUGGAGACGACCUGGUGGAGGCCGUAGCUGCCACGGCCGAUUCCACAAACAGACCUUCUUCUGUCUCGCCUGCAAGCUAUGGGUGUGGCAUUCGCAUGCUCCAUCGAAAAUACCCCCAUCGAGAGUCCCAGAUACGAUCCCUUUCGGCCAUCCUCUCAUCCACGAUCUCCCUCACGGCAACCAUCGGCCGCCGCCUGGUGGAAACGAGGCGCAAAACCAUAGCAGCAGAUGCGGGUGCAUCCUCCGACAACAAGCGAUUGCCUUCCUCGAGCAGUAGCAGCAUCAACAGCAACACGACGACGACGUACGUCCCGGCCCCGAUCUUUUGCAUCGGGCCCAGCGGCACCGGAAAGACUUCCGUCGUCUGCGACGUGGUCGAGUGGCUGGCCAGGACCGGCAGCCCGGCUCCAUCGUCGUCCUCGCCGUCUUUGUGUUCUCGGGCAGAGGUGAGAGUUCAACCGGCCUACGUGGAUUGCUCCAUCGUCGAGCCGUCGACCAUCGACCGGCUGGUCUACACGAUCUACCAGCAGCUCCGGCCGGUCGGUAACGGCACGGGAAGCGAGAGAACCAGUGGGCACGGCAACCACACCUCGGCAAAGCGUCGGAAGCGAACCAAGGGAGCUCGCAGGGGCGACAGCAACAGCAACAAUGCACCUCGAACCCCCUCGCUACUAGGCGACACCGCCAAUUCCACCGGUGUUGAUUCUUCGAAACCCAACAGCGAGACCAAAGAUGAGAGCACUACCACCGAAAUCGACAGCAUCCGCGAUAAUGCUAGUGCCAAGACAAUCCCAAAUGAAAACGAAGUGCUCGCGGAGACAGUGGGAGGAGUCGAAACGCAGCCGCGGGUACUCCCCUCGCGGAGGGCCAAAAAAGCCGCCAUCCACAAGACCCUCGCCAACAAUGCUACGACCUACGAUGCCUUUCGCAAGACAAAACAGAGGCAGCUGCGAAAGAAUCGCCCGGGGGAAGACGACGCCGACGAUGACGUUGACGAAAACGCCGUCGAGACGAUGCACUCGGCGAUGUUGUCCCUGGGUCGGAGCCUCCAGGCACACUAUGGACCCUACUGUGACGAGAGCGGGAAUCUCCUCAACGCCGAUCGGUCCUUCGCGAGGGAGGUCCAACACUCCGGGAUCCUGGUCCUGGACCGGGCGGAGGAACUCCUGUCGCUGUCGGCAGCCGGAAAGAAGGGCACGCUUACCGAAACGGGGGGUGUAGGUCAGAGCAACGCCUUGUCCGAACUUCUUUUGCUGCCCAAGAUCAUGAAGCUCAAUGUAACCAUCGUUGUGAUUACCAAGUACGCCAUCCUGGACUCUACGCGUGAGUGAUCUUGAUCGAUGGGUAGACGAAUCGCUUUGAACUGUAUUGUUUCGUUUCAUCUCGUUGUAUCGUGACGUUUUUCGAAGGGAUUGUUUUGUCCUGCCAUAUACCCGAAACCCAAUCACUAACCCCAAUUUAUUUUACGCUCUCUUCGGGACAAACAAACACAAAUCAAUCCAAAGGCUUGAACCAUGCUUCUGCUCUUUCCAAGGGCUUGUCCAAUCUGUCCAAUGGGGUUCACCCCGUUGUAGUCCAGUUUCCUGCAUACAAAGGGAACCAGGAAUUCCGGGAGGUCCUUAGCACCGAAGAAAACCGGCGGUUGGUGAUGGGAGACUCCCUUACACCAUCGUCGGGAUCCCCUUCGGCCAUGGCGAUGCGCCCCAGCCUGAAGGAGAAUCUCAUCCGAUCCUUUUGGAACACAGUGAUCCAGUUUGUUUUGGAUUCCACACGCGACGUUCGGGACUUUCGGAGAAUCGGCCGUGCCCUAUGGCCCGUGUUUGUGGGGCCUCUUUCGUCCCCUUCGGCUCUCCGGUCUGCUCUGAAGGGGGUUGCCGAGACGCUGGGAAUCCCCGCUCUCAGCAAACGGGUCCUCCGAGACCCGAAGUCGUACGCCUCCAUCGAGGAGGAGCUGGUCAGAACGCUCGGAAGGAGGUUUUACAAACGGGUUGCGGCCCUCUCAUCCGGGGACGAAAACCUGACUCUGCUAGCCCUGGACGAGAACGGAAUAGUGGAUCCAGAAACAACAACAGCGAUGCCCUCCAACCGCCAAGCUCCACUACAGCAACAAAAUAUGCCGUACCUGAGGAGCUGCCUGCUGCUUGCGGCCUUUGUAUGCCAGCACAACAAGGCCGACCAGGACCGCAAGAUAUUUUCGGUCCACGGAAACGGACGACGAUCCAAAUCUAGGGCCAAGCAAGAUAUUUACGGAGGAAACGACGAAGACCUGGCAUUUGGAUCAACGUCGGUCAAUUCCUCGACGACCGUGCGGACGCUGCACCAGGUGGAGCAACUCCGCUCGCUGAGGCUGCGGUCGAUCCCCCUCGAACGGGUCUUUUCCGUCUUUGUGACCCUGGUGCGGUUGAAUCCCCACACUGCGUCCGUCGCCGAUUGCGCGGACGACGAGACCGCUCUGGAAACAAUCAUGGACGAUCUCGGGUCUUCCCGCCUGUAUAGGGACCUGUCGCACCUCAUGGAAUCGGGCCAUCUGCACUCUGCCAAGGGAGACCACCAAAUCCUGUGCUCGCUGGCCAAGGAGGAAGCACUUGAGAUUGCGGCCCGGACCGGAAUUCCUCUGCAACGGUACCUGAUCUAGUCAGUCACCUUCUCAGAGCACGACGCUACUAUCAUAGAAAGAAUAGAUACACGUUUCUAUC